AAAAAAGUCCAAAGCUUGAAUAAUCGGAAACGCGGAAAAAAGAUACGAUUCGAUACCUUUAAAAGGAGCCUGUGACACUUCUCUUUAAGUCGAACACCCUCUAAAAUUAGAAUGGUUAACAGAAGAGGGAAAGAAGUCGGGAAGGGCAGACACUCGAGUAAAGGUAACAAGACAUCAGUAGCUUUUGGAAGAUCUGUCGACGUUAGUAGUAGGGCACCUAGCAAUGCAACAAAUAAGAAUAAGAAGCCUGAGGAUGUUUCAGGGGGUUCCGAAAAAAUUACUAGUGUUUCUACAGACGCGUCUACAAUAUUUAAACACACUGCCGCUAGUCUAGCAAAGAAGGCGACAACAGUUGGAAAGAAGAUCAUCAAGGAGACUCAGAAUGUUAAAAUCGGAAGACAGACUGGCCUACCUACUGAUGUAACGGAAGCACAGAUUGAGCCUACUGAAAGUAAAAAGGUUUCAGCAAGAGUACAGAGAUUUCAUUCUCCUCGUGGCUGCAAGACAUCUUCUGGAACCGCCACUAAAAUAACUAAGCAAGAGAGUUCUACGGGUGAAAAGAAGUCUUCACGAAAGAAAGAUGUACUAAUGUCUUCAACUAGCUGGCAAGGUUUUGACAAAUCCAAAAGGAAAAUAGGAGUGUGUUGCUGUCUCUGCGAGAGGGAUCUGGGGGAAGAACCAGUGGGUCAUUGCAAGACUGACUGCUUGCCAAUUGUAUCGAUCCUUCCUUGCGGCCAUGUCUACCAUAGUAAAUGCCUAAAUUUUGACGAUUUAGAAGCAAAACAAGAUCCCCCUUGUGUUUUUUGUGCAAGUUUAAAUAGUUAGUUAGAGUAAAUGGAUUACUUCCUCCAUUAAUCUAGGUACAAUUUGUUCGUAGUUUUUGACGAGUAUUGUAGGUGGAUCAAAACAUAGCUUGAAUAAAUGCCCACGUUUCUACUUGUAGUUAACAGAUUUCAGUAUAUUUUACCAUCAAAGAACUCCCCAUCAACAAUCAUAUUACAAGUACCCAUCGUGCUUGAUUAUCCCAGUCUUCAGAAAUAGGGAUGACAAGCAGAUAAAAUUAUACGGAUUCAGGUACCAUCCUUCCAUGAGAACACUACAAUUUGGGAUUAUAGGGGUUUUAUUUUGGGAAAAAUUCCCAAUUCACCAGAACAUCAAUCUUGUUUUAGUGUUAUUGAUCCACAUCUUUUGUUAUGGAG